CAGCAACAGAUGGCGACGGCAGGAGCGGCUGGUCGAGGAUCAAAUCUGUCACGGAGGAUGAUCUGAUGGCAGGGACCCGGCCUAUUUCAACAAUCUUGAUCUCCAAUGUUGGAUCUGGGAAAAUACAAGCCAUCCGCGUUUUACUCAAAAUGCACUCUUUAUAGCUGCUAUUUCAAUUUAUUUAAGUAUAUAUUUCGGCUGAAGGCCUCAGAAGCCUCGGACUGGAUUUGGCGACCCACGGUACCAAGCGUAAGGAUACCUCUCCUCGGAAUGUCUCCUUAAAAUGUUUUUGAUAAGAUGUUCUGUAUUGAACCGUUGCUCUUUCUAAAGUCUGCUCUGUUCACGUCGUCGCGAAAAAAGUGAAAUUAAUGCGGUUUAGAUUUAAGUUAAGGAUACAAGCUAACUUUUUAGCUACAUAGCAACGCUCUGGAAUGAAUGAAUGAAGCAACGAGCAGGAUUAACUAAACAAAUGUUUACUCCUUACUGGCAGUUUAUGUCACGGUUUCCAACAAUGCGCCACUGAUUUGUCUCUACUCAGGACAACCUUCUGGGCUAACUGUUUUUCGACUGUUACACUGGCUUUCCACCAAUGGACAGGAAUGCUUUGCUUGGGAGUGGAUGGGCAGCGGCAGUUUAACAGGCAGAGAUAGCAGCGCUGUGUGGGCACAAGACUCAACUGUCGUUUCCUAAUGUUUAUUAGGAAGGGCGAGUUCGGCUUCAGCUAGCUCCACAUAUAUAUGCACUAGUUGGACUUGGCAGCUAUAAGUGUGAAGCUUACGCCCAGAGUUUGGAAUGGGAAACACGGUGUCAUGCUGCGUUUCUCCGGAGUCUAGUCCCAAACUCCCUUCUCGACAACCGGCAGAGCGGCUGGAGGAGUUCCCCACCAGCACCGAAGUCAGCGACGACAACACCGGGCCCUAUCUGCAGCACAUCAGCGACAGGGAGGUUCCUGAUGAGCUGGCCUUGGAAUCUAAUCCAUCGGACCACGCCCGGGCAAGCACCAUCUUCCUCAGCAAGUCCCAGACAGACGUGCGCGACAAGAGAAAAAGCAACCACAUAAACCAUAUCAGCCAUGUUUCUCCUGGUCCUCCGUUAAAGAAGUACAGCUCCUGUUCUACCAUCUUCAUAGACGAUAGCACCGUGAGCCAGCCAAACCUCAAAAGCACAAUUAAAUGUGUCACUUUAGCAAUAUACUACCACAUCAAAAAAAGGGACUCUGACAGGUCGCUGGACAUCUUUGAUGAGAAGUUGCACCCUUUAUCAAAAGAGCCAGUGCCAGACGACUACGCAUACGUCGACCCAGAACACAAGCUGAUCUACCGCUUCGUCAGAACGCUCUUCAGCGCUGCACAGCUCACUGCAGAAUGUGCCAUCGUCACACUUGUCUACUUGGAACGUUUGCUGACUUACGCCGAGCUGGACAUUUGUCCUGCCAACUGGAAGCGGAUCGUCCUGGGAGCCAUCCUGUUAGCCUCCAAGGUCUGGGAUGACCAGGCAGUUUGGAACGUGGACUACUGCCAGAUCCUUAAAGACAUCACCGUGGAGGACAUGAACGAAAUGGAGCGGCAGUUUUUGGAACUUCUCCAGUUUAACAUCAAUGUGCCAGCCAGUGUUUACGCCAAGUAUUACUUUGACCUGCGGCAGCUGGCUGACGACAACAACCUCAACUUCCCGCUGGAACCCCUCAACAACCAGCGUGCUCAGAAACUAGAGGCCAUUUCAAGACUGUGUGAAGAUAAGUACAAGGAUCUGAGUAAAGCAGCAAUGAGACGAUCCCUCAGCGCAGACAACCUGAUAGGUGUGCGACAUUCAAACGCCGUGCUCUCGUAGGCCCUCCCUGCUCAGCGAACCCACGGCCAACACGGGACAAAACCUGCAGAAUCGGAUUGAAGGGGGCUCCGCCUUCUAACGGCGCAGCAUGACCCACUGCUGGUGGUUUGUUACAGCUUUACAGUCGCAUCGUCAACGAAGCUGAAAUGAAGGCUUCUGACUAAAAUGAUUGUCAGCCAUUCUUUUUCCAGGCCUGUUAUUUAUUUCUUUUUUUUAACUCUUCCUUUUCCCCCAAGAAAUGGUGUUAAAAAGUGAAGGAUUUUUAACAGUCA